AGGAAUGCCGCAGUUGUCACGAAGAGGAAGAGGCUGUUAUUGUUAACGGUUGGAACCGAACCGAACAGAACGGACGUGAUUCAGAUGAGGAACCGGGGCGAUCCUCCGCAGCAUAAUAUCCGUUAGAUUGACGGAAUAAUAAGGAGUUAGAUACAGAAUGUAAAAUGCGACCGUUAUUACCGUGAGACAGCUCUCCUGUGGUGCUGUUCCCGGUAGCGGCAUGGUCUACGCCCAAUCAACAGACACCAUCAAGCCCUCCCUCCUGCCCCUCCUCUCCCCCUCCUUUACCCUCCCCAUGACCUUUAACUUCUCAGACAGGGGCAACGCCAGUUCAGCGACACCCUCCAUCUGGAACCACGACGCCCUCUCCUCUUCCUCCUCCUCCUCUUCCCCCUCCGGCCUCCAGAACACCACCCAGGUGUGGUAUGAACUCACCUCAGCGGAGGUGGCUGUUCUGGGGCUGGUGUUCAGUCUCCUGUGGUUGGUGUCCAUCCUGGGUAAUGUUCUAGUGUGUGUAGUGAUCCACCGUAGCAGAAGGAGUCAGUCCACUACGAACUACUUUGUGGUGUCCAUGGCCUGUGCCGACCUGUUGCUGUCGCUGGGCUGUGCUCCCUUCAUCCUCCUCCAGGUGACCUGCGGGGGCUGGCCUCUCAGCGCUGCUGCCUGUAAGGCUGUUCGUUACCUGCAGCACCUGUGUCCUGGUGUCCAGGUGUAUGUUCUGCUGUCCAUCUGUGUGGACCGGUUCUACACCAUCGUGUACCCACUGAGCUUCAAGGUGUCCAGGGAGAAAGCGAAGAGGAUGAUCCUGGCCUCCUGGAUGUUGGACGCCGCUUUCGUCUCUCCCUGUCUUUUCUUCUACGGCUCGGAGGCGGCGGCGGGGGACGGGGGAGGGCACUGUGACUUCUUCCUGCCGGCGGGAAGCUGGGAUGGCGUUCUGUACGGUUCCGUCCACCUGCUCCUGGGGUUCCUGGUCCCAGCUGUCCUCAUCGUGUGGUUCUACCAGCGUGUGGUCCACUACAUCUGGAGGAUCGGCGCCGAUGGACACACGGUCAGGAGAACCAUGAACAUCGUCCCCAGGACUAAAGUGAAGACCAUCAAGAUGUUUCUCAUGCUGAACGUGGUGUUCCUCCUCACCUGGACUCCCUUCUACGUGGUCCAGGUGUGGCACCCUAGCGAGGCCCCGGGCCCCAGCAGACAGGGGGCUCUGGUGUUCUGCUGUGUGGUCUGGGUGUCGUUCAGCUCCGCCGCCUCGAAACCCUCGCUCUAUUCCGUCUACAACGCUAACUUCAGACGCGGCAUGAGGGAGACCUUCUGCACGUCCUCUAUGAAGUGUUACCGUAGCAAUGCCUACACCAUCACCGCCAGCUCCCGCAUGGCCAAGAGUAACUACGUGGGCGUGGUGGAUAUCCCCGUGGCGACCAAGACGACGCUCACCAAAGACUCCGUCUACGACACGUUUGACCGCGAGGCCAAGGAGAAGAAGCUGGCCUGGCCAAUCAGAGCCAACCCUCCCAACACCUUCGUCUGA